GUGCAAGUGUCUCUACUGCCCAACCCCAGCCAUCUGGAGCUGGUGGAUCCAGUCGUGGUGGGCAAGGCCAGAGCCAAGCAGCUCUUCACCAACGACUCCUCCCGCCGCUCCGUCAUGGGCCUCAUUCUGCAUGGCGAUGCAGCCUUCAGUGGCCUUGGCCUCGCUCCUGAGGUGCUGCAGCUGUCGGACCUACCGGAGUACACAACAGGUGGCACGAUCCACGUGAUCAUCAACAAUCAGAUCGGAUUCACCACCGACCCUAAGCUCGCCCGCUCCUCCCCCCACCCCUCUGACUUCGCCAAGGCAGUAGGGGCACCCAUCUUCCAUGUGAACGCGGAUGAUCCCGAGGCAGUGGCUCACAUCUGCUCCCUCGCUGUCGACUGGCGCCAGACAUUCGGCAAGGAUGUGGUGGUGGACCUCGUGUGCUACAGGCGACAUGGCCACAAUGAGCAGGACGACCCACGAGUGACACAACCCCUGAUGUACUCUCUAGUUGACGCCCACCCGCCAUGCCUUCAGCUGUAUGCCGCGCGGCUCAUGGCCGAGGAUGUGGUCACGGCAGAGGAGAUCGCCAGCUGGCAGGCUGACGUGGAGGCUGAGUUUGAGCGUGCGUUUGAGAGCACCAGCAAGCAACAGGUGUCGCCACAGGAUUGGCUGGCUGCCAACUGGCAAGGGGAGGCGCUUGGGUCGCUGGUGAGUCAGCGCAAGGUGCAGCCCACUGGCCUUCCUGUGAAGACCCUGCAACGCGUGGGGGAUGCGCUCUGCACAAUACCGCCAGACUUCACCUUGCACCCACAGGUGGCAUCGCUGCUGGAGAACCGGCGCAGGAUGAUGGCAACUGGGGAAGGCAUCGACUGGGCCAUGGCAGAGGCUCUCGCCUUCGGCUCGCUGGUGCUGCCGUUUGACCCGUCUUUGAACCAGACUGCUGACAGCAACCCCAUGCAUUCGGUGCGGCUGAGCGGGCAGGACUGUGAGCGCGGCACCUUCAACCAGCGCCAUGCCGUCAUGCACGACCAGGUCACGGGGAAGCGGUACACCCCCCUGCAGCAUGUGGCAGCGGGUCAGGAGCGGUUUAUGGUGUGCAACUCGAGCCUGUCAGAAGCAGCAGUGCUUGGUUUCGAGUACGGCUUCAGCCUGGAGAAUGAAAACGCCCUCGUCUGCUGGGAGGCUCAGUUUGGGGACUUUGCGAACAACGCGCAGGCGAUAAUAGACAACUUCAUAGUGAGCGGGGAGGACAAGUGGAUGACCCCCACGGGCCUCGUGCUGCUGCUGCCCCACGGCUUUGAUGGCCAGGGGCCUGAGCACUCCUCCGCCCGCCUCGAGAGGUACCUGCAGUUGGUGAAUGAUGAUGCGGACCACCUCCCCGGCUACAGUCCACACCUGGCCGCCCAAAUUGAGGCAGGGUUCACCAUUGCCGACCGGGAUAACAAGGGCCACGUGUCACUCUCUGAUUUGCUGGAGUUCAUGCAGACGCAGUACGGGCUGGGCCACAACUACGUGACGGCGCUCGCCCACCAGAUGCACAUCGACGAAUCAAAUCAAAUCUCCAAGGCGGACUGGGAGUCAUUCAUGGUGCGGUGGAUGAGGCGCAACGCACAGAGGGACAACAACGUGUGUGUUGUCAACCUCACCACCCCCGCUAACUACUUCCACGCCCUCCGCCGCCAGGUCAACCGGCAUUUCUCCAAGCCUCUCGUCGUCAUGUCCCCCAAGUACCUGCUGCAUCACAAGCCCUGCGCGUCACCUCUCAGCCAUUUCACAUCCGGCACAUUCUUCCAGCCAGUGAUAGCAGAUGGAGACAUAGGAGACAACAUGCGGCACCUGCAUGCUGACAAGCUGCUGCUGCCUGGCGACAUGAAACGACUCGUGCUGUGCUCAGGAAAGAUCUACUACUCACUGGCGCAUGCAAGGCGGGGAAGGAAGCAGUGGGACGUGGGGCUGAUGCGCAUAGAGCAGCUGGCGCCCAUGGCGGUGGACCAUGUAGCGCGGGUCAUCAACAGCCACUCCGCAGCAGAACUUGUUUGGGCGCAGGAGGAGCCUAAGAACAUGGGAGCAUGGCCGUACAUCAGGCCACGUGUCGCCACGCUACUGCAUAGCCUUUGUCCAGAUCACCCUGCCACGUCAGCACCCACACCCAUCCAUCAAUCACUCUCAAUGCAUCAGUCAGCAGCGGCCGGCAAGAGCGGCAGAUACGGCCGAUCCCCUUCCGGUUCCCGCGAUUCCCCCCUUGCGCCCUCUCGCUCCGACCAGCCCAGCUGGCGCUCCGCCGUCGCCGCUCCUCCCCCGCCCGCGGGGCCAGGAGCGACGGGAGCAGGUGGAGGGGGAAGCACGGGAUGGGGGGACAGCGCGGACGGCGGUAGAUCUGCGGGCGGCGCAGCUCCGGGGGGAGCGUGGGCGCGGGGCGGACCGGGGAAAAGCGACAACGCUUGGGGAAGAGGAGCUGGCGUUGGCGGGGCUGGCGGACCCCGUGGGGGACCUGGCGGAAACCCGUGGCACACGGGCGGGGGCGGAGUGGGUGUGUUGACUGGCGCGUGGCAGCAGCCGCUGCAACACCUGCAGCAGCCGCCGACGCAGCAGCAGCAGGCACAGCUGGACCAGGCGCAAGCAGGGAAGGGCGCACGAAAAGGGGACGGCGGGGGUGCGCUUGACAGAGCGGGGGAGAGUGCGAAUGGGGGGAGCGCGAACGGGGGGAGCGCGGGAGAUGCGAGCGUGGAGGCAGCGCGCGCGGGGGGACGGGAAUGGAUGGUGGCGGUGAGCGCGUGCAUGAUCGGGCAUGCAGUGGAGGUGCAACUGGUGCAGGGCGACUCGUACUCGGGCAUAUUCCACGCUGCUAACGAGGAGGAUUUUGGCGUGGUGCUCAGGAUGGCGCGGCUGGUGCGGCAGGGAACGGGGCCGCAGAGCACAGAGACGCCAGCAGUCAGGGAAGCUGCCAGGAAGCCUCCGGUGAAAACGCUGGUGGUUCCAGCUGCCGACCUCGUACAGCUGAUUGCCAAGGACGUCCCACUGUUCGGAUCUGACCUGCUGGCCUCGUCUAUGGCGGCCAACGGGGAGAUCCGAACGGACAGCAGCAUCGGCAGCAUGCUCAGCAACGCGCGGGGCAGCUGGGGGGGCGCAGGUGCAGGGGGGGAGGGGCGCGAACUGCAGCGGUGGGCGCCGGAGGGAGGGGAGGAGGGGAUGGGACUGGAUGAGGAGAGCUUCAGAAGCAGCUCCAGAGCGUGGGACCAAUUCGAGGCGAACCGAAAGCUGUUCGGUGUGGAGACGUCGUUCGACGAGGCCAUCUACACGACGCCGCUGGUGCGGCCGUCCCGAGAGCUGCAGGCGCAUGCUGAGCGGAUUGCACGGGAGAUUGAGUCGCAGCCCAGCCGGAACAUGCACACUGCUGAGGAGCGGGGCUUCCACCUGCGCAAUGCAGCGCGCACACUGGCAUCGGCAGUCAAGGCGGCCCUUUCCUCGGAUGACCCAUCUGCCGCUGCUGUUGGGGCCCUGGGCGGCAAUGCAGACAGUGCGUGGGAUGAUGACGAUGAUAUUGACGAGGAGACCAAGUACUCUUCAGUCAUCCGCUCCACCGCUGACCUGGACAGCGGAAUGGACGACGAGGUGGAUGACGCUAACGAUGAGACCUUCGGUGAUGCUGCACCCACCACCGUGCACGGCACUCCCAAGGCGCCCCCCUUGCUGCCUACUCCAGGUGUUUCGUCUGAAUCUGCUGCCAAGAGCGCUUCAGGCGAAAGCCAGAAGCAGACAGAAGCUGCCGCCCUAGGAGCUGCAGACAAGGGCGAGAAACGGACGGAAUCUGCCACGCAAACGACUGCGGGUGGCAGCGGUGACGAGAUGGAGAGGGGAGAGAAGCCGACGCAGGGGAUAAGUGGAACCGAGGAAAAGGAGGAGGAAGGGACGAAGGGAGCAGCAGAGGGCGGGAAAGGGGAGAGGAAGGAGGGCGAGAAAGACGGAAAGGAAGGGAAGAAAGGGAAGGAGGGGAAGGAGGCGAGGGAGGGAAGGUGGCAGUGGGGGCAUCACGAUCGUCAUCAGCAUCAUCCACUUCAUCUGCCAGUGGCGCCAGCGGUGCCAGUGGUGCUCUCUCUGCUACUGAUCUUCCCACCAUCCCCUCGCACCUUCGCCUGCGUAUGCACCCGCGCCGCCUCGUCAAGGUGUGGGAACGGGGGGCAUCGGGCAGUGGGGAACGGGAUUGAGGAACGAGAUUCUAAAUGA